AUGGCUUUGCCCAUCUCAUUACGAAGUUCAGUGACACCACCCGAGCUUGAACUCAUCGCGUCAGAACAGCUGAUAGAGAUCAUACCAUUGAUCUCGAUGGACAAGACAGCCUUCAUCUCUGGUGCAUAUGGUCCACUGCGACCGCCGGCCAAGUGCCGCUUGCCCAUCUGGAUGGCCACAAAUCUGAAGCUGAAAAAGAAAUGUCAUAUUGUUCCCCCAGAAUGGCUGAACAUCGAUUUUCUACAGGAUCGUCUGACACGGGAAACGAGCCAGCCCGAAUUCUGUGCGAUGCCCUUUCGGUUCGCAGAAGUAGCAAAAAUCAUCUUGGACGUGGCGUCAGACGAUGUUGAGAAUCCAGAUAAAAUCCGCUCCCUCUUGAAGGACCUGCGCGAAGCACGACAAGCCAAGAGUCGAGAAGGUAUAACGAAGCUCGAUCACAGCGAACUUACUCUGCCAAAUCUCUGUUCCAUGGAGAUAAACGAGAUCCGACCAUUCUUCAUCCGGUCAAUGGGCGUGCUGACACAACUCGUCCGAGAGCCAUCCGCUGCGGGCGAUAUCUGA